UCUCUACCAUUACUACCGUCGGAGCAUUGCAACUCGGCGAUUGCAGGUCUAAGAAAAAAAGCUGAAUGCUCGUUAUCUAAGAGCGACGAAAAUUCAGAGAAAAAAUGAACCCAGCCGCCGGCAAUUUCAGUGGCAACCUCAAGAAAGCACUUGCUGGCCUGAGACGUAUUAAUUUGGAGGGGCUACGAUGGCGAGUAUUUGAUGCCAAAGGCCAGGUUCUUGGGAGGUUGGCAUCUCAAAUUGCUACUGUUAUUCAAGGCAAGGAUAAGCCGACAUACACCCCCUAUCGUGAGGAUGGAGACAUGUGCAUUGUGCUUAAUGCAAAAGAUAUCUGUGUAACAGGAAGAAAACUGACUGAUAAAUUCUAUCGCUGGCACACUGGGUAUAUAGGCCACCUUAAGGAAAGGAGUCUGAAGGACCAGUUAGCUAAGGAUCCAACAGAAGUUAUACGCAAAGCUGUCUUGCGCAUGCUUCCAAGAAACAAACUGCGUGAUGAUAGAGAUAGGAAACUGAGGAUAUUUGUCGGUGGUGAACAUCCUUUUGGUGACCGCCCGAUUGAACCUUAUGUGAUGCCUCCUCGAAAAGUGAGGGAGAUGCGACCCCGUGCAAGGCGUGCUCUUAUUCGAGCUCAGAAGAAGGCUGAACAGCAAAAUCAACAUGGUGCUACCGAUCCAAGAAAACGCAUAAAAAAGGAAGAAGCUAAAAAUGAACAGAGUGUGUGAGUAGGUAGAAAAACGUUGUUUCUUCGCAGCAGCAGAGUUCUUUUCCCUUCAAGUUUCAUGCAAUCUAUAACUACUAUUGAGGAAUUGGUUCAUAAUAUAGGUUACUUCUUUUUUUUUUUUUGGUUUAAAGCCUGCUGAGUUUUGUGGUGGACGAAAUGUAUUUCAUUGUAGUGAUUGUGACAAUUGACAGUUGCAAGUUCGUUAUGAGAAUAACAAUUUGCUGUUUUU